AUGAGCGGAAUCGCGAAUUCAUGCUUCUCCUGUCUGUCGGCAGUCGACCGCUGGUGUCACAUCACAGCUUGCCUCGGUCCUAUCGGAGGUCGCUCAAGAGAUGGAAUCUACGAGACAACGUUGGCAGACAAUGAGCGGGAAGCUGUAUCCGACUUGCUAGGCUACCUCGAGAACCGAGCCGAAACCGACUUCUUUACUGGCGAACCCCUUCGAGCUCUGAGCACCCUCGUUUAUUCCGAUAAUGUCGAUCUCCAGCGAAGUGCAAGCUUAACAUUUGCUGAAAUUACGGAGCGAGAUGUGCGCGAAGUCGAUCGAGACACCCUUGAGCCCAUCCUCUUCCUACUACAAAGCCCCGACAUUGAAGUACAGCGGGCGGCUAGCGCCGCGCUGGGGAAUCUGGCCGUGAAUGCCGAUAAUAAGGUGUUGAUUGUCGCUUUGGGAGGACUGGCUCCUCUAAUAAGGCAGAUGAUGUCGCCCAAUGUGGAGGUUCAGUGCAAUGCAGUUGGAUGUAUCACAAAUUUGGCAACACAUGAAGAGAACAAGGCCAAGAUUGCUCGAUCGGGCGCCUUGGGUCCCUUAAUUCGUCUGGCAAAAUCCAAGGACAUGCGCGUCCAGCGCAACGCUACAGGAGCCCUGCUUAACAUGACACAUUCGGACGAUAACCGACAACAACUCGUUAACGCUGGUGCAAUCCCCGUCCUGGUCCAAUUGCUGUCUUCACCCGAUGUCGAUGUACAAUACUAUUGUACUACUGCGCUUAGCAAUAUUGCUGUCGAUUCUACGAACCGUAAGAGGCUGGCUCAGACGGAAUCGCGCCUGGUUCAGUCUCUUGUCCAUCUCAUGGACUCUUCUACCCCUAAAGUGCAGUGCCAGGCUGCAUUAGCUUUGCGCAACCUUGCCUCCGAUGAGAAAUACCAACUCGAAAUUGUUCGGGCAAAGGGUCUCCCUCCUCUGCUGCGACUUUUGCAAUCUUCCUACCUUCCCCUUAUACUCUCCGCUGUCGCAUGCAUCCGUAAUAUUUCCAUCCACCCCCUUAAUGAAUCUCCGAUCAUCGACGCGGGCUUCCUUAAGCCCUUGGUGGAUCUACUGGGGUCAACGGAUAACGAGGAGAUCCAGUGUCACGCUAUCUCAACACUACGGAAUCUUGCCGCAAGCUCGGACCGCAAUAAGGAGCUUGUGCUUCAGGCUGGUGCGGUUCAAAAAUGCAAGGACCUGGUCUUGCGGGUCCCUCUCAGUGUCCAAUCCGAGAUGACUGCUGCCAUCGCUGUGCUGGCCCUCAGCGAUGAGCUGAAACAACACCUCCUCAAUUUGGGUGUGUUUGACGUCUUGAUUCCUCUGACGGAUUCGGAGAGCAUUGAGGUACAGGGAAAUAGUGCUGCAGCUCUCGGCAACCUAUCCUCCAAAGUGGGAGACUAUUCAAUCUUUGUCCGCGACUGGGCGGAUCCUAACGGAGGGAUCCAUGGCUACCUUCGAAGGUUUCUUGCGAGCGGAGACCCUACCUUCCAACACAUCGCCAUCUGGACUCUCCUUCAACUGCUGGAAUCAGAUGAUAAGAGGCUGAUUGGCUACAUCUCGAGAUCCGAAGACGUCGUGCAGAUGGUCAAGACGAUCUCAGAUAGGAACAUUGAAUCCGACGAGGAGGAUGCGGAAGACGGUGAGGGCGAGGUCAUUGCGCUGGCACGGCGAUGCCUCGAGUUCCUUGGGAACGGUCCCAAGCAGACUCUUGUCGAAGGCUAAGGGGGUGUCCGUCCGCCUCGAGUGUGGUUUGCUAUUCCUCUAUACACAUUGACGUUCUUCGUUUC